GACGCGGAUCCGGACGCUGGGUCUUUUCUCUGGUCCUGUUUGAAUGUGUCGGACACCUCCUCCUCCUCCUCCUCCUCCCUCCCUAACCAACCCACCCACAGUCCCACCCACCGCUCUCUCUAACACAAACACCACCAGCCAGUCCUCAUUUAACUGGAUCUGCUCUUUGUUAUCAGAGCCUCUCUCUUUUUUUACCCUCUCUCUCUCUCUCUCUCUCUCUCACCUCUCUCUCUUCUGCUUUUACUUACAGGGGGAGAGGAGACAGAAAAACACACAAGGGAGCAUUUUCUUCCAUCCGGAUUGAUUUUUUAAAACAAUUUUUUGAGGGUUUUUUUUCUUCAUGUAAUUAACUGUGAGGAGAAUUUUCUUUUUUUUAAAGCCGGAACAAGAUCUUUACCCCCCCUUACACACACACACACACACACACACACACACACACACACCCCGGUCUGCCAGUCAUUUUUUUCCACCACUGCAGUUGUCAACUUGGAGCCGUGCUGGGAAAUGGACAAACCCCUCUGAACUGCUCCUUCCUCCACCGACACAGACACCGACACCACCCCGCAGGACGUGAUUUGGACGGAGUGGAGCGACGAGAACAUGUUUACUCCCCUGUUUCCAUGGUAACCCGAGAGGAGCAUGCACGUCCGGGUCAGGAGUUAACCUCAGCGCUCAUCUCCUCCGCCUGCCCCCUGUGAGAACUACACUACCCACAAUUCCUGUGAACUGACUACUGGUCUGCAGUGUAGAUCACUUUAAAAAGAAAAAAGACACUCAGAGGGACAACAACUACUACUACUACAACAACAACAACAACAACACUUCUCUGAAGAGGACCAACAUGGCCAACAACACGGCGGACCACCCUCCGGGGAAUUCGGUUGCAGAGGGCAACCAUGACGGGGACUUUGGGGUGACCGUGGCUGAUCUGAGGGAUCUGAUGGAGCUGCGGAGCGCCGAGGCCGUCAACAAGAUACAAGAAACGUACGGAGACGUGCAGGGCAUCUGCCGCCGCCUGAAAACAUCACCUAUAGAAGGUCUGUCGGGUAACCCCGUUGAUUUGGAGAAGCGUCACACAUCGUACGGCCAGAACUUCAUCCCCCCCAAGAAGGCCAAGACGUUCCUGCAGCUGGUGUGGGAGGCUCUGCAGGAUGUCACACUUAUAAUCCUGGAAAUCGCUGCCAUCAUCUCACUGGGCCUGUCCUUCUACCAUCCACCUGGGGGUGACAGUGAAGCAUGUGGCCAGGUUUCAGGUGGUGCCGAGGAUGAGGGCGAGGCCCAGGCUGGGUGGAUCGAGGGUGCCGCUAUCCUGUUCUCAGUCAUCAUUGUGGUCCUGGUGACGGCCUUCAACGAUUGGUCCAAGGAGAAGCAGUUCCGCGGGCUGCAGAGUCGUAUCGAGCAGGAACAAAAGUUCACCGUCAUCCGCAAAGGCCAGGUCAUCCAGAUCCCUGUGGCCGAGAUUGUGGUGGGAGACAUUGCUCAGAUCAAAUAUGGAGACCUGCUGCCUGCUGAUGGUAUCCUGAUCCAAGGCAAUGACCUGAAGAUUGACGAGAGUUCUCUCACCGGAGAGUCUGAUCAGGUCCGCAAGUCUCUGGAGAAAGACCCCAUGCUGCUGUCUGGGACUCAUGUUAUGGAGGGAUCAGGCAGGAUGGUGGUGUCAGCUGUUGGCCUCAACUCUCAAACUGGUAUCAUCUUUACUCUGCUGGGCGCCAGCGAGAGCGACGAAGAGAAGAAGGUCAAGAAAAGUAAAAAACAAGGACCCCCCGAAAAUCGCAACAAAGCCAAAACCGAGGAUGGCAUUGCCCUGGAGAUCCAGCCGCUGAAGAGCGAAGAGGCCGCAGAGUCAGAGGAGAAGGAGGAGAAAGAGGAGGCCAAACCGGUGAAGAAGGUCAACGUGACCAAGAAGGAGAAGUCGGUGCUGCAGGGCAAACUGACCAAGCUGGCUGUACAGAUCGGGAAGGCUGGUCUGAUCAUGUCUGCUGUGACCGUCAUCAUCCUCAUCCUCUACUUUGUGAUUGACACGUUUGCCGUCCAGGGUCGGACCUGGGUGGCCGAGUGCACCCCGAUCUACAUCCAGUACUUCGUCAAGUUCUUCAUUAUUGGUGUGACGGUGCUGGUGGUGGCGGUUCCUGAGGGGCUGCCGCUCGCCGUCACCAUCUCUCUGGCCUAUUCUGUCAAAAAAAUGAUGAAGGAUAAUAACUUGGUGCGUCACCUGGACGCUUGCGAGACGAUGGGCAAUGCAACAGCCAUCUGCUCAGACAAGACGGGCACAUUGACCAUGAACCGCAUGACGGUGGUGCAGGCGUACGUCGGUGACACGCACUACAAAACGGUGCCAGAGCCGGACGCCAUCAAACCAGAGACUCUGGAGAUUAUGGUCAACAGCAUCGCCAUCAACUCGGCGUACACCACCAAGAUCCUGCCUCCGGAGAAAGAAGGCGGCCUGCCCCGCCACGUGGGCAACAAGACCGAGUGCGCUCUGCUGGGCAUGGUGCUGGAACUGAAGAGGGACUACCAGCCAAUCAGAGACGAGGUCCCCGAAGAGAAAAUGUACAAGGUUUACACCUUUAACUCGUCACGCAAGUCCAUGAGCACAGUGUUGAAGAACGCUGAUGGAGGUUACCGCAUGUACAGCAAAGGCGCGUCAGAGAUCGUCCUGAGAAAAUGCUCGCGUAUAUUGGAUGCCCAGGGUCAACCUCGCAUCUUCAAGCCGAAGGACCGUGACGAAAUGGUGCGUAAGGUGAUUGAGCCGAUGGCGUGUGACGGGCUAAGGACCAUCUGCGUGGCUUACAGAGACUUUCCGGCCGAGGCUGGAGAGCCGGACUGGGAAACCGAGAACGACAUCCUGAAUGACCUGACCUGCAUUGUUGUGGUUGGAAUCGAGGACCCCGUCAGACCUGAGGUACCUGAGGCUAUUACGAAGUGCCAGCGUGCGGGCAUCACUGUACGUAUGGUUACUGGAGACAACAUUAACACCGCCCGUGCCAUCGCAACCAAAUGUGGCAUCAUUACACCCGGGGAGGACUUCCUGUGUAUGGAGGGCAAGGAGUUCAACCAGCAGAUCAGAAACGACCAGGGAGAGGUGGAACAAGAGCGUCUGGACAAAGUUUGGCCGAAACUGCGUGUUCUUGCUCGUUCUUCACCAACAGACAAACACACUCUGGUCAAAGGUAUUAUUGACAGCACAGUGGGUGAGACCCGGCAGGUGGUGGCAGUGACAGGAGACGGUACCAACGAUGGCCCCGCCCUCAAGAAAGCUGAUGUUGGCUUUGCCAUGGGAAUCGCCGGCACAGACGUGGCAAAGGAGGCGUCAGACAUCAUCCUGACCGACGACAACUUCACCAGCAUCGUUAAGGCCGUCAUGUGGGGAAGGAACGUCUACGAUAGCAUCUCCAAGUUCCUGCAGUUUCAGCUGACCGUCAACGUGGUGGCUGUGAUUGUGGCGUUCACCGGCGCCUGCAUCACACAGGACUCUCCUCUGAAGGCCGUCCAAAUGCUCUGGGUCAACCUCAUCAUGGACACGCUGGCAUCUCUCGCUCUGGCCACCGAGCCACCCACCGAGUCUCUGCUGCUGCGUAGACCAUACGGCCGCAACAAGCCUCUGAUCUCCAGGACUAUGAUGAAGAACAUCCUGGGCCACGCCGUGUACCAACUCGUCAUCAUCUUCACCCUGCUCUUCGCUGGUGAGUCAUUUUUCGACAUCGACAGCGGCCGCAACGCUCCCCUGCACUCGCCGCCGUCAGAGCACUACACCAUCGUUUUCAACGUGUUUGUCAUGAUGCAACUGUUCAAUGAAAUCAACGCCAGGAAGAUCCAUGGAGAGAGGAACGUGUUCGAGGGCAUCUACAGGAACCCAAUCUUCUGCAGCGUGGUGCUGGGGACCUUCGCUCUGCAGAUCGUCAUUGUUCAGUUCGGAGGGAAGCCGUUCUCCUGCACGGCUCUGACCAUCGACCAGUGGCUGUGGUGUGUGUUCAUCGGCGUGGGAGAGCUGCUGUGGGGACAGCUGAUCUCGGCCAUUCCAACCCACCACCUGAAGUUCCUGAAGGAGGCCGGACACGGCACCACAAAGGAGGAAAUCCACGAGGAGGAGCUGACGGAGGGCGCCGACGAGAUCGACCACGCUGAGAUGGAGUUGAGGAGAGGCCAGAUCCUCUGGUUCAGAGGUCUGAACCGCAUCCAGACGCAGAUGGAUGUGGUCUAUACCUUCCAGACGGGCCAGGCACCGGUGCCCGGUGCCCUGCGCCGCCAGCCAUCCGUCGUCAGCCAGCACAAUGACAUUAAGGUGGUGAACGCGUUCCGUAGCUCCCUGUACGCGGGGCUGGAGAGCCCAGAGUCCCGUAGCUCCAUCCACAGUUUCAUGGCCCAUCCCGAGUUCGUCCCCCUGUCCGAGGAGGAGGCUCGCAUCCCCACCAUCGAGGAGUCUGGAGACGAGAUUGACCCCCUCCAUGGCGCCCACUCUUAGGCGGGGGGAGGAGGAGAGCCGCCCAGCACCUUCCCCCUCAGCCUCUUGUCAUCCAUCUGAGCUCCUCCUCCCUCCCCCCCUUCCUCCUCCUCCCUCCUCUUUAUCAUCUGUCAUCCCACCAACUGAACUGUCGCACUGAGGAGGGAAGUCGUCACUCCGCUCAUCCUCUCAUUCUGUGCACACACAUGCUUCACAUCGUCUUCACCCCCUCAGUCAUUCCUGCCACGUUGUGUUUUUCAUACUGACUGUGGCAUCGUUCUGCCUGUAAGUUUGUCCCUCCACAACCACCACACUCAUGUAUCAAGUAGAGGGUGGAGUCCAGAGUCUCCACUGUGGAAGGCCUGUCCUUGUCCAUUCAUGUAUAUUUUUUACUUGAUGAUCCUUUUUGAAAAGCUUUUGAAGUAUGUUGGGUUUCGACCUUUGCGGGGUCUCGCAGCCGCAUGUUGUGUUCUGUACUCGCUCAUUCCUGCGUAACGCUCUCAAAAGUGGCACCGAACUUUUCAAAGAGUGCAAUGAUUCUCAUGUACAUACGCUUUCGCUCCUCUACACAGCUAACAGCCGGGUUUGGUGUUCAGAAGAUUUUUAGGCAAAUGCAAAAAUGUAACCUUGUUUUUUUGUUUUGUUUUUGUUUUUUUGUUUUUAAAAAACCUCUAAAGAUUGUUAAUUGAUGGUUGAUUCAAACUCCUCAGAAUGUCUUGUGAGUGUGACACUACAGUCUUCACAGUUCAACUGUUAAAAAAAAUGUUCUUCCCUUUAUCGUGUCUGUAUGUGUUGGUUUUUCUUUAGCUGCUGUGUUGCAUGUGGAAAGACUGAAUGUUUACUUGCCCAGACAAAUAUCUAACAUGGCGGCGUCCGGAGAGGGCUCGCUCUCUGCUCAGUGGGGGUCGGACCUCAACUCAUCCAGUUAGGGGUUCUGAUUCCCUCUCUGCCCCUCCUCCAGUAGGUCCACAGUGUUGAUAGGAAACAGGAGUGUGGUUCCCCCUCUAGUAGGAUGCAUGUUAUGUUUCAUUCUUGUUGAGUCGCAUGAUAAAGUUAGGAAUGAAUAUUUGGGAUUCUGUUUAGACGACCAUAUGUGUGUUAGUCCGCAGCAGCGUCCGUUUAGAGCUUAACUGUCCUGUCUGUCGGACUGAAUAUCCUGUUACCACCACACGACUAAAACAGACUCAUUAAUACUGCAGAGGAAGCUGCAGCAGGGAAGGUAAAGCCCUGAGAUACUCUACAGUGUGUGUCUGCAUACAUGGACAUGUAUUGUCUGUGUGGUCUUAGAUUUUGGGUACAUACCUGUGCCAUGUUUUUCCUCGCCGCUGUCGCCUAGUGCUUGUUCAUGGUGGGAAUUGUUGGGUCUCUGUAAAUGCUUCUAUACAGAGUACGGUCUAAACCUGCUCUAUAUGAAAAGUGACGUGAGAUAACUUCUGUUAUGAUUUGGCGCUAUACAGAUAGAACUGCCUCUCCCAGCUCACACUGGGGGAAAGGUGAGUUGGCACAUUUCCAUUUACGGCUCAAACAUUUGCUUUAACGAGGGGAACGACUACGGUGUCGAUGAGUCUCUUUUGGGUCAGAUUCAGUGCAACAGACAGGACGUUAAUGGAUCUCUGAACGGGGUCUGGACCGUCUGUCUGUGUUCAAGACAAAUCUUAGUACCAGUUCUGACGUUUCUGCUCCCUCGUUUGUCAGAUUUUAUGAACAGAAACUAAAUCAGCUGUCAGUGACAUCACACGGCCAGCUGCGGAGAGAGUUUGAUCAUCAGCGCUCUCCGCUCUGCUGUGUUUUAAUUGACAGACGUCAGUGUGACGGCCAAGCUGAGGUUUAUGGGAGACUGACGAUGUCACCAGUCAGCCUGUAGAGUUAAAUCCACUGUGUGUCCCUGCUGCCGCUCAGUACUUCCUGCCGGCCGUUGUCCGCAGAUUACUGUCUUAAAAGAAGAAGGAAUCAUCUUCCAAUCAGAAGCAGCGAUGCAUCUAAUCCCCUCUUAGUCUGACUAGCAGCCAUUAACCUAUCUAUGAACUAGGACACGUUAUUGAAGUAAUGUGCUACUACUGCCAUAUUUCCAACUUUUUGUCAUGACUAGGUUCUUCCUCUCCCCUCUGAUGAGCUUUUUCUAUGUAACUCAGAGCCAUAUUUUAUAGGUUGUCUGUAUUGUUUUUUAUCUCAUUGUUAUCAAGGUUUCCUUUGGACUUUCUCACCCCUGACCCCCUUGACUCCUCCCAACCCCUACCCCACCCCCUCCCCUCCCUCCCCCCCGGCCCUUUACUCUCCAAACAUGACCAAAAAGCAAGGAGAAAAUCUUCAGUCGUCACUGCCGAACCAAGUUUAAAGGACCUCUACAAUGUUUACAUGAAAAGCAAGUGGGUGGCAGUUCGCCUGCGCUUCUCUCAUCCGACCACUUUCCUUUCAUUCCCUUGCUUUCCUGAAUCUUAGAGUUACUAUUUAACUAAAUGGGGAAUCUUUCUUGCAUGGUUUUCAUAUAAAAUUCAAUGUUUUGCUCAUUUUUUACAAUUCUUCUGUAUUUUUAUAUUAAGUACUUUUUAAUAUUUUGGAGAUAUAUGAAUAUAUAUGUAUAGGCUGAAGAGUUUGGUGACAGUACAGUACAUGAAUGAGAUGAAUCUAACGUGGACUGUGUCUUUUUACAGCUCUCUAAAUAUUUAUGCCACGUGUGUCGUCUUGGUCACCCGAUGUUAGGGCUCAAAAACCUGCAGUGACUUGUUUACUUCUUGUUGGCCGUUCAAUUGGAAUCUCAACAAUCUAGUCUCCUCAGCCCCCUUUUUCAUGAGUAUAUUCACUUUAUCUAAGAUGUUGUGAUACACUACACGCUAUGUGAUUUCGCAAGUUAUCCAACUCCAUUAGAGUUCAGCAAAUGCAACGUGAAUACAGCUAACUGUAUCAAACAUUAAAUGGGAGUGUAUAAUUAUUUAUCCAA